UAAAGUUUUUACCGUCUUAAAUCUUCUGGGUUCCCACUCUUCUCGCUCCAAGUCUCUAACGCUUCCAUGCUUUCUUCGCAGUUCACAGAGCGACCUUGGUUCAGAAUCCUUUUUCCUCCCCUUGCAAAAGAAGAGAAAAAUAACUCUCUCUUUGUUCUUGUUUCAACUUUCAAGAAGGGAUAGAAAAUAAAGUGCUGAAGAGCAGAGGAGAGUUGAAAGGAAUGAAUCUUGAACUGCAUUCUUUAGUUAGCAUACUUCAUUCCUGCAACACCCACCUUUCUCUAUCCUUAGGAAAGCAGCUCCACCUUGUUUUUCUCAAGAAGGGUCUCAUCAACUCCACUGUUACAUUCGGAAACCGGCUUCUGCAGAUGUAUGUUAAAUGCGGCAGCAUGAAUGAUACCCUCAACUUGUUUGAUGAAAUGCCCCACAGAAAUGGCUUCUCUUGGAACACAUUGAUCCAAGGUUGUAUGAAAUCCGGGGACCAUGAGAAGUCUUUGAAGUUGUUCGAUUCGAUGGCUCAUAAGGAUGACUUUACCUGGAGCUUGCUUGUUUCAGGGUUUGCAAAAGCCGGUAAGCUAGAGCUUGCUCGUGCUUUGUUUGAUGACAUGCCUAGGAGAAAUUGGCUUGCUUGGAAUUCUAUGAUCAAUGGCUAUGCCAAAAAGGGGCUCUCUAGAGAUGCUUUGAGGCUUUUUAAGGAUUUGAGUUUGGACCCAUUGGAGGUAUCACUAUCACAUGAAAAGAAAUUUAUAUUCGCUACGGUUGUUGGAGCUUGUGCUGAUUUGGUUGCCCUUGGUUGUGGCAAGCAAAUUCAUGCGCGCAUUGUGACUGAUCAAGUGGAAUUUGACUCUGUUUUGGCUAGUUCCUUGGUUAAUUUUUAUGGCAAGUGUGGUGAUUUGGAUAGUGCAAGUCAAGUUUUGAAGUUGAUCAAGGAGCCAGAUGACUACUCUCUCUCAGCAAUGAUUUCAGGUUUUGCAAACUGUGGUAGAAUGAACGAUGCAAGAAGAGUUUUUGAUACUAAAAGCAAUCCAGAUGUUGUGUUAUGGAAUUCAUUGAUAUCUGGAUUUGUCAUUAGUAACGAAACCAUUGGAGGAGCAUUACUUCUUUUCAAGGAAAUGCUGACUAAUGGUGUUCGUGGGAAUUCUUUUACGCUGGCAAGUGUUUUGGGUGCCAUUAGUGUCUCAGGCAUCCUUAAACAUGCUCAACAAAUGCACACAUUUGCCUGCAAACUUGGGCUGCUGGGUAAUGUUAUUGCUGCUAGUGCUAUGCUUGAUGCAUUCUCCAAGUGUGGAAGCCCUGAUGAUGCUUGCAGAUUGUUUAGUGAACUCAAAGUCUUUGACACUAUAUUGCUUAAUUCGAUGAUCACUGUGUAUUCCAAUUGUGGAAGAGUCGAAGAUGCAAAACAGAUUUUUAUGGCCAUGCCAAGUAAAAGCAUAAUAUCAUGGAAUUCGAUGAUGGUUGGCCUUAGUCAAAACGGUUGUCCAAUUGAAGCAUUAGAUCUUUUCAGACAAAUCAAUGUGCUGGACUUGAGAAUGGACAAGUUUAGCCUGGCUAGUGUGCUAAGUUCAUGUGCUAGUAUUUCCUCACUUGAAUAUGGUGAACAGGUUUUUGCCAGAGCUACCAUCAUUGGGCUUGAGGACAAUGAAAUUGUCUCCAACUCACUUGUUGAUUUCUAUUGCAAGUGUGGUCUUGUUAAAAAUGCACGAAAGCUGUUUGACAGGAUGGUGAAGUCUAAUGAAGUGGCUUGGAAUUCUAUGCUAAUUGGAUAUGCAACAAACGGUCAUGGAAGUGAAGCACUGGCUCUUUUCGAUGAAAUGAGGCUUUCUGAUGUGAAACCCAAUGAAAUUACAUUUACAGGGGUUUUGUCUGCCUGUGAUCAUUGUGGGUUGGUCGAAGAGGGAAGAAAAUGGUUUUCUAAGAUGAACCAGGACUAUGGUAUUGAUCCACAUAUUGAACACUAUGCUUGCACGAUUGAUCUUUUUUCCCGAGCUGGUUGCCUUGAGGAAGCAAUUAGUCUAGUCGAAGCAAUGCCCUUUAAAUUAGACGCCAGCAUAUUGUCAUCAGUCUUGAGGGGUUGUGUGUCUCAUGGACACAAGGAUCUUGCGAAGAAAAUGGCGGAGCGAAUCAUUGAGCUUGAUCCUGAGAAUUCAGGUGCUUAUGUACAGCUUUCUAAUGCACUUGCAGGUGUCAAUGAGUGGGAAGGAUCUGCACAGAUUAGACAAAUUAUGAGAGAUAAGAGCAUACCAAAAAAUCCUGCUUUCAGCUGGUUUGAUCGUUGAACAAUACUCUUAUGGAAACAAAGUUCUAUAUGCACCUGAUAGAGGUGGACAUGAAAAGCAAAUCAAUAGUUGUGGGUUGGAAUGAGAGAUCUGAUUUGAGUGCCAGUGAUUGCACGCGCACUGGAUUUGUUAACAUACAUUGGACAUAAUUUUUUUGUUUCUAAUAUAUGCUUUCUAAUAUCAAACAUACUGGCGAGAGCUCAAACCAUCAAUGGGACCAUUCAUUACGCAUUAGGGGCUGAACAAAUAUAGAAUUAGACUAGUGUCAUCCUCAGAAAUCGCUCUUCUAUACUGUGCUGAGUCAAGGGGCAACAUAACAUCCUCUUACUUUAGAACUUGCAAGCCACUUUCCUGCUCCCCGUUUUACUUGCUUCAACUCUUCUUUCAGUUGGUCGUGACUUGUUUGAGAGUCAUGUGUGAUUUUAACUGCAGUGUACAGACGGUUCAUCAAGCAGAUUUUUCUUUCUCAUGCUUUAGAAAGGAAGGCGGAUGAAUGUAUUAAGUAGCAGAAAGUAAGGCUACAUCCUACAGAGGCAAAGGCAGGUUGUAACAUCUGACCUAUUAACGACCAUAACAAAAUAGUAGCAGAGUGAGAAGUAACAAAAUAGUAGCAGAGUGAGAAGCCAGCAUUACAGAAGUUUGCCGGCCGCAACGUUUUGCAGUCAGUGAAAAUACAUUAGAUAAGUCAGAAGCAAGAAGGAAACGAAAUACUGAGGAGAAACCAAAGCAAAAGGAAAUCAACAGGGAAAGAAAAAUGACAAAGGAAACAAGGCCACCAAGGGCUAUUACAAUAAUUGAUUCCAGACAGGGACCUGUCCAUCAUUUAUCACAACUGAUAAGAUCGAGAGAUGUUGGAUGUUGGAUUGAAGAUUUACCCACUCUUUUGACUAUAACCUCUAGUUUGCAAGCUAGGCUGCAGUAGCGGUUAGCUUCAGGAGGGAUCCAAGACUUCUAUUUUGCAAUCACGUACACUUAAAUCUAAACAUGGGGCUUAUUAAGUUUGGACACACCGAUUUGAUUCCAGAAUUGAAGUUGUUGUAAAGGCUUGCCCCUGCCCUGGAAGCACCAGUGCCAUCUUUAGUGAAUUGUUUCUUCGUUGAAUCUUCUGUUAUAAUAUUGAUGUUAAACCAAUACACUGGUAUUUCAUAAUUGUGAAUACGUUGCCUUAUUCAUACUUCGAAGCAGCAGCUAGUGUUUAGGACACGAUUUGAAAAAAAGAAUAUAGGUAGGCUUUUGACCCUUCCUAGAAUGUUAACUGGGGAAAGGACGAAAGGUACAAUUGGCUUUGCAACAAAUGGAAUUACAAAGCCAACAAUAGUUUUACUGGGUUGCUUUUGACGUUUUCAUUGUAUCAGGAAGAGGCAUAUGACACAGGCAGGCGCACUUGUGUGCCAACUGUGGAAUGCCUCGACCUGCUCUUCUGGUUGGCAUCUCCAUUUUGUGAGGACUAAGGACAACAAUAGUUCAGCACUGCUCUCUGAAUUCUCUUCAGCAAGGCAUUGUCGAUUAUCAUACAGGCGGAGAAACAUUAUCCUAGACAUAUAAACAGGAGGAUAAAGAAGGCAGGCAUGAAACAUCCUCCUAGCUUUAUGUGUAGCACGGUCUUGAUAAAAUGAAAAUGCUCACUGCCGGCAGCCUCAAUCAGUUCUUACUUCUUAGUGCUCUAAAGAUCACCAAUUUAUGGCUUUAUGCAUCCAUGUUCAUAGUUGUC